UAGCAUAAAAAGUAGUUUGAGCAUUUUGCAAAAGACAGCAUAAUUGGGCCCGGCGUUACAAUUUUUUUUAAACAAAAAGACGAAAAAACGGAACACCAAUAUAAAUCAGACAAACCCUUUUUCGGUAAGUUUGCCCAAAGAUAACAUUUCAACACCAUUCAAAAGUCCAUUAUCAUGGAGUUUCUUCUCCGUCAUAUAUACACUGCCGUAGCUGGAUUUUUGGCCAUGCUACUAUUUCUCUACUCAGUCCAAAAAAGAUCAUCUAGACUCAGAAGAAACGACAGCAGAAAAUCACCACCUGAAGCCGCUGGCAGAUGGCCUAUAAUCGGACAUCUCCAUCUACUAGGAGGAUCUCAACUUCCCCAUAUAACUUUGGCAAACUUGGCUGAUAAAUGCGGACCGAUCUUCACCGUUCGAAUCGGGUCUCAUCCAGGUUUGGUAGUGAGUAGCUCCGAGAUGGCAAAAGAGUGCUUCACUAUCAACGACUUGGCUUUAGCCUCACGUCCAAACUUGCUUGCCGCGAAGCACAUGGGCUACAACUACGCCAUGUUUGGAUUAGCACCUCAUGGACCCUUUUGGCGCGAGAUUCGUAAGAUAGCCACCGUACAGUUGCUCUCGAACCGCCGUCUUGAGCUGCUCAAACAUAUUAGAAUCUCUGAAGUGGCAUCUUUCGUUAAGGAGUUAUACGAACAUUGGACAACCAAAUGGAAUGAUAAUGAUCAUCAUUCAGGCCAAGCUUCGGUGGAGAUGAAGCAAAGGUUUUUGGACUUGUCGCUCAACGUGAUUCUCAGAAUGGUGGCUGGGAAGCGUUACUCUGUUGAUGCAAAUGAUGGUGGUGACGUAAAAGAAGCACGCUUAGUUCAGAAAGAAAUAAAGGAAUUCUUUAAACUUCUUGGGCUGUUUGUACCGGGGGAUGCGAUUCCUUAUCUCGGGUGGCUGGAUUUAGGCGGCUGUGAGAAGGCCAUGAAGAAAACUGCCAAGGCUUUGGAUGGUAUUGUUGGUGAAUGGCUUGAAGAGCAUAAGCAGAAUAGAGCAGAAAUGAAUAAUGACGAGAAAAAGGAACAAGACGACUUCAUGGACGUGAUGCUAUCUGUACUUCACGGUUCAGACUUUGGUGGUUUCGAUGCUGAUACAAUAAUCAAGGCCACAAUUCUGAAUAUGAUUGCGGGAGGCAGUGACACCAUCCCAGCAACCCUAACAUGGGCAGUGUCGUUGUUGCUGAACAAUCACCACGUGUUGAAAAAGGCCCAAGAGGAACUCGAAAACAAUGUAGGCAAAAACAGAGUUGUGAGUGAGUCCGACAUCGGCAAGUUGACAUACAUAUUUGCCAUAGUCAAAGAGACACUACGGUUAUAUCCCGUAGCGCCACUCUCAGUGCCACAUGUCUUCCUCAAGGACUGCACCAUAGGUGGCUACCAUGUCGCCAAGGGAACUCGGCUCAUCACCAACAUUUGGAAGAUCCAAACCAACCCGAUCUUGUGGCCCGACCCGUUCGAGUUCAAGCCCGAGAGGUUUCUCACCACCAACAAAGAUGUAGAUAUUAGGGGUCAGCAUUUUGAGCUAAUCCCAUUUGGAAGCGGUAGAAGAGCGUGUCCUGGUACUUCUUUUGCCCUUCAAAUGGUGCAGUUCACGUUAGCCAGCUUUCUACAAGCGUUCGACAUUUCCACGCCCUUAAAUGCUCCUGUUGAUAUGACGGAAAGCUUUGGAUUAACAAAUACAAAAGCCACUCCACUUGAAGUUCUUAUCACGCCUCGCUUGCCUGCUGAGCUUUAUGCGUGAACCAGGUGAUAGGAGACGUUUGUGUAUGUGUUUAAAGUUUCGGUUAUGAUGGGUAGUAAUUAAUAGAAGGAUUUAAUAUUAAUUAGUUAUAAAUGUUGCACUUUGUUUACAUAACAUGAUAAUAUGUUUCUAAAUGGAAGUGGGGAACUUUAUUACUGUUGCUUACAUAUAUAUAUAUAUAUGUUUCUAAAGAACACAAGUCUAUC